UAUUCAAAUGGGUUUUGACAGAGAAGCUACACAAUACAACUGCGGCUGUUACUACGAAUAUUUUUCGCACGAUUUUUUUAAUUAUAGUAAAGAUCACCAGUUUCAUAACGUUUGUGGAAAACAUAACACUCACAAAUUCGCAAUGGAAGAGCAACACAAAGAACAACAAGGAAAACAAAUUAUUGAACAAGCCAGUUAUGUUUUAAGCCAGAAGAUGAAACCAGAUAAAGUAAUUCAUUUUUUAAGGAUAAAAAAUGUUUUGUCCAAAAAAGAAGAAAACAACCUCUUGGAGAUCACCAGUGAGCGUCAGAGAGCUAAAGAACUAUUGUCAGUUCUUGCUAAUUCGACAAAACCGUCAUAUCAACAACUGAGGAUUGCUCUGAUAAAAGCAAACCAAUCUGAUCUCCUGAAAUAUCUAAAUGAAGGCAGCACAACAGAAGAAGAAGGAGAUAUUACCACUGCAUAUGAAGGAAAAUGUUUCCUUCAUCUUCAAGGAGAUACGCAUGUGGUUGCAAAAGAAUAUAAAAAUCAGAUGUAUAUACACAUUCGUAACUAUGACCACACAGGACCAAGGCACUUUCCGACUAAGCAAGGAGUUGCACUCACUCCAUCUAGAUGGUUAUUACUUGAAAUGAAGAAGGGAAAUAUCAGAGAGCAGUAUCAGAAGUCCAUUGAAGGAAAAUUAGAGGACGAAGUAGUGAUGCAUUUAGGAGGAGGCGUAUACGUCACCAUUAAUCCAAAAUUCCCCACAAUUGACAUACGUCACUUCUGGAAACCCCAAGAUUCUGACAAACCAGUAGCAACUAAGAGAGAAAUCGUCCUUACCAAGACCAAAUGGGAACGUCUAUGUCUUGUCAUGGAGAUGAUAAGAGAUUUUAUCCCUGAACUCGAUAAAGCGUGUAUCUGUUAAUAUACACAUCAAAACGAACUGGAAGUCUUAUCGUGCAGAGAGUGUUCGACUUUCGAAGAGGACAAAACCGAAGAUGAAGAAGUCGAAGAAGAGGACGACAAAACAGAAGAUGUAGAAGAGGAACAAACUGGUUCUAAUCGAGAAGAUAU